AGAGCACAAAAUAAGUGUGGCUUCGAUUUUUGGCAUGGGAGGUAUAGGCAAAACCACUCUUGCUAGAAAGGUAUAUCACCAUGGAAGGUUGAAGCAUUAUUUUAAAGGUUUUGCUUGGGUUUGUGUGUCACAACAAUGGCAACCAAAAGAUCUCUUGCAAGGCAUUCUACUCAAGCUUAUUCCUGAACAAAGAAAUCUGAUUAUGACGAGCAAACAAGAUGAGCUAGCAAGGCUGCUUCAACAGCACUUGCGAGCUAGGAGAUGUUUGAUAGUCCUUGACGACAUAUGGUCAACAGAUGCUUGGGAUUGCCUAAAAGAUGCAAUCCCAGUUUCGGAGCAUGGGACCAAAAUUUUGCUUACAACUCGUAACAGAGACGUGGCAGCAUAUGUUGGUCCAAAUGGAUAUCACCUUCAACUCCGUUUUUUGACCGAGGAAGAAAGUUGGGAGUUGCUUCGAAUGAAAUCAUUAAGGGAGAGUACCGGUGAAGGUUGUGCAGAUUUGGCCAAGAUGGAAGAGUUAGGAAAGAAAAUGUUGAAAAACUGUGGGGGUCUUCCAUUGGCCGUGGUGGUCCUUGGUGGAAUUCUUAGAACUAAAAAAAGCCUCAGAGAAUGGAAUGUGGUGCAUGAGAAUAUCAAAUCUUAUCUGGCUAGGGGAGAAAAAAUUGGAAAAGAAGGAGAGGUGCCAAAGAUUUUAGCUUAUAGUUACUAUGACCUCCCUUGGCAACUAAAACCAUGCUUCCUUUACUUGGGUAAAUUCAGGGAAGAUUCUGACAUUGCUGCAGAGAGUUUGUAUCAGAUGUGGAUAGGAGAAGGUAUGAUAUUUGAGAAAGAUAGAAUGGGGCAAGAAUCAAUGAUGGAAGUUGCAGAGCACUACUUGGAAGAAUUGGCCAAAAGAUGCAUGGUUGAGAUUAAAGUGCAUGAAGGGAAGCAUGCAGUAACAAGGUUGAAGUCAUGCCGGCUUCAUGAUCUUAUGAGAGAUCUAUGCUUGAUCAAGGCAAAAGAGGAGAAUUUGUAUAACGUGGUCGAUCAAAGUACUUCACUAGAUUCGCCUCCUGUAAUUGAAGCACAAUAUGGUUUAGUCCUUCGUUUGAUUCCACAGGAUAUCUCUGAGUACAACUUUCCACCAAAAGAACAAACUAAGCAUCUUCGCUCAUUCCUGUGUGAUCCGUUGGAAGACGAAUGGCAAUAUUUUUCAGGGGUGGGAAUGAUGUCCCAAGUCAACAAUUUGAAGAUGCUUAGAGUAUUGUCAAUUUUAUUCUCCGAUAUGGCUUCUCAAGAUUGUUUUCUCAAAUCACCGCUGGGAUAUGUUGGUAGUCUUAUCCAUUUGAGAUGUUUGAAAUUGAGGUGUGCUGAUUUAAACUUGCCAUCUUCCUUGGGCAAUUUAAAGUACUUGGAAACUCUAGAUUUAUCUGAAAGUUUUAAUUGCAGAAUACCGAAUGUGCUAUGGAAAUUGGGGCGUUUAAGGUACCUUUAUCUUCCAAACUUCAAGAACUUUCAACCUAAGCUGCGGUUGAACAAGCAUCUGGAGAUACUUGACGCAUUCGAUAAUGAAUUUUGCUAUCCUAAAGACAUAUGCAAAUUAUCAAAUCUCAGAGCUUUCAAAGCAAGAGUGUAUUACAAUCUUGAGGACUUGGAACAGAUCGUGAAUCAUAUAUCAGACUUGGACUGCAUGCGCAUUAGCUCACUUAAAAUCAUUGGCUGUAAUUUGGCCUGGAUAGACUCCAACAACUCGAACAACAACAACAGGGGCUUGAAUGUUCUUUUAGGGGUGUUGUUUAGUAGGAAUAUUCAUGAAUUAGAGAUCAUGGGUAUUUUGUGCAAGAAGUUGCCGGACUACCAAUCCCAUAUGUUUCCUGAUCCUGCAGGACUCACUCAAUUAAAGCUGUUCAAUACUCAGAUUGAGGAAGACCCAAUGGGAACACUUGAGAAGCUUCCUAACCUACGAAGACUUGAAUUUCACUUAGAAUCUUUUCUGGGGCAAGAAAUGAUUUGCCAAUCAAUGGGAUUUCCCCAACUAAAACAUCUCUGGCUUGAAGAUUUGGGUGACUUAAAGCAGUGGAAAGUAGAUGAAGGGGCCAUACCUAAGCUCUCAAGUUUACGGAUUGAGUAUUGUGAAAAGUUGGAAAUGAUUCCAGAUGGGUUGAGAUAUGUAACUACCCUAAAAGAUGUUUCUCUUGCGGGAAUGCCCGAAGAAUUCAACAAUAGAGUUAGGAUAGUGAACGGUAAACAAGGACAAGAUUAUCAUAAAAUAAGCCAUGUGCCUUCAAUCAAUAUCCGCAGUGAAUGGAGCAGUUGAUCAAGCCUCACCUUCAAGUGAUCCUCUUGUUGCCCAAUUAUAAUUAUACUAGUAUUUUUAUUUAUAGGAUUGCUACAUCUGGGUUUUGUUCUUUUUUUUUUUUUUGGGCAUGGUUUUGUGUCAUGAUGCUGUUGAGUUAACAUUUUACUCCAUUUACAACUGUCUUGUAGAAAAAGAAAAUUACCAUAAUGUGCUUUUCUCCCUCUCCCAUCAAAUUACUGUGUCAAUGUGUGUUU